AUGGUUCAACACGAGAAUCCCACACAAUCAAAAGAUUGUACAACAGAAAGGUCAUUCGAUUGCAGCCAACCGUCAUUGAAUGAAACCCGGCUUAUACCUAUUACACCGCAUUGUUCUUACUCACACGAUUUACCUCACUCUCACCCACACGAUUUACCUCUCAACAUAAAGGAAUAUUUGAGAUCCUGUACCCGAAUUCCAGUAAAAGAGUUUGCAGUCAUCGCUAUUCUUGAUGAUGGACAGGAAGUCAAUUACACUUCCCAAAAUUUGACAAACUUCCAGCCGAGAAUAUUCUCACAACAUUUGAAAAAUGAUUUUCACAGAUCUAUACAGAAAGCUACUUACCAUCAAGAUAACGAAUCAGAUAUACAAAGGUUCUCAGGAAUUGAUUCGACUACUGGAAAAAAAACUCGAACUCACCAACUUCAACAAAAUUCCGAUGAAACCAAUGAUGAUUCGAUGGGAUCAAAAAAGAUCAAGAGGUAUCGUGAAUAUACGCCGAGUCCUGAAGAUAUGCCGAGUCCCAUUGUGGAGAGACGUCGUCAAUAUGAUGAGUUCAGUGAAGAUUUGUCGAGUUCUAUUGUGGAGAAAAAAACAAUACAAUUGAGGAUAGGUGAUGAGGACGAAGUCGAAAAGUUUUAUACUUGUCGAUUCAUUGAUAUGCAACAAUUUUCCUGUAAAAUUAUGGGAAAAGCUUUUGUGAAGCUCAUUGAACCUAAAAAGCAAACUCAUUACCCAUACACCAAGGGACCUGAAAAGUCUCCACCAUGGUGGCCAUCAACAUUUGGAAAGUUCUCUGUACCUCACAAAGAACCAGAUCACCUCAGAAAACCUGGACUCAACAUCCAGAUGCUGGAAGAAUUCACGAUGGAAGCUUUGUCCAAUUUCUUUAACAAUAAAGAGAAUCCUGGGAAUCUUGCCAAAAAACCUUUCAUAAAGGAAAUUUUCAAGGUUGCCAAAAAGGAAGAAGAAUACAAGAAUGGCGAGAUCACUGGCGAUAUUUACAUUCAGGUAAUGUUUGGUAACAAAAACGGUGCAGAGAUCGACGAACCGGAAGAGGGGAAAAUUGUGGACGAGAUCUCAAAUGACGACGAAGAUUUACAAUCCCAAGAUAUGGAAGCUUCAUCACUGAAUAACACAACAUCGCUGUCCGUUAUGCAAAUCCAACAAAUACAACAGGCUCUACCACAUUCAAGUCAACAGAGAGAGCAUAACAUGUACGCACCACCUCGACACGUCAAUUCACAACCAGAAGAUCAUAUACAUGAUUCGUCUUAUAUGAAUACUACUGCUGGAUCGUCUUAUAUGAAUACUACUACUGGAUACGUACCACAAAUAAAUUUCAACAAACAAAACAGCCCAAGCCAGCGUUCCAUGUCCACUUCCAUGACCACGACCCAAUUCCAAAACCCGCAACAGUCAAAUGUCAACUGGACACCAUCCUUUUACAACAACGCAUCCCAAUCGCAAUCCUUCAUAUCCAAUCCUCCACAAUCAUUCUCUUCUAAUUUAUAUCAACUCCCUCCACCCAACUCUACCUCGCAAUCCUUCAUAUCCAAUCCUCCACAAUCAUUCUCCUCUAAUUUAUAUCCACCCAACUCUCAUCCGGUUGCCCAACCCUUACAUAAUAACUUCGAUAGACUCCCCCAUCGAUCUCAAUACGAUGCCACUCCCCAAAUAGGAUCCCAACUCCGAACAGGGAGUUUGGAAUAUCUACAUCAAGUCCCAACGCAUCAACAUCACGGGGUAUUCGACUUCCUUGACGACAACACUUACGAAAAUCACGAUGCGGAUAUGAAAAGCGAUUAA